AUGGAACACAACGAACCGCCCCCGCCCUACCAGCUCGAGGAAGAUGCCGACAGCAAAGCGGCGGCGGCGGUCUCAGCCGUCCUGACAGCGCAAGGCAUCCCUCUCGCGGCGCUUUCGCAGACGCCCCGUCACUCGAUGGACGGCGUUGGUGAUGAUGUGCGUGCGGGUGCGCAUGCCGCCGUUGCCGCCGUCCAGCCGCGGACCGAACCACGGCCGACAACAUCGUCGUCUGCUUCCUCGGGCUACAGAUCAUCCGACCCCAUGAGCAGCACGUCGAGCGAUGGAUCUCGGACUUGCAAGCGCUCGACCGGCGUCCGCAAGAGCACAGUGGACCCGUCAUACGACCCGGGCUGCUGCUUUUCCGAAACGGGCGGCGCCAAUGAGGAAGGCAACAAACGGGCGACGGCGAAGGUCGGCGUCGACAACCACCGAAAAAGGGAUGCCCUCUGA